AACGUACUUUUCGAGAAAUUAUAGUUCCCCAACAGCACACACGAAAAGUCUGUGAACACCUGUAUGUGGAGAGCAGGGUGAAGGGCGAGACCCGAAACGCGAGUAGAACUCUGGCCGGAGUAAGGAGCACAGAGGAGGAGGAGGAGCAGCGGACGAGGAGCACCGCGCGGCGGAUGUGGCAAAGAAGCCGUCACCAUUAAGUCGUCAAAUCAAAGUCGGUCCCGCAAGGCACCGGCCUCAGCAGCGGGCCAUCGUACAGCCCGUCGCUCUCUGGGUGCCAGCGAGGAUCAGAGGAGCCACCACCGGGACAGGACGGGUGAGCUGGACCAGCGUAGCCAUCUCAUGCACGGCCGCGAUCCCCGCCAGCAGCAGCCGGAGCCACUGAACAACCUCAACGCCAAUGGCCGCUACCACAACCGCAUGGUGGCCGGCUCCAACAACUUCAAUGGCGCAAACGUGGGCAAUUCGGACGCUGGUGUGGCCAUCCGGGUGGCCAGGCAAACGGUUCUUGGGCAGCAACAGGCGCGCAACUUGAACAUCAAUGUGCCCACCGUCUCCUCGGCGCAGCAGCAGCAGUCCCAGCAUCGUUUGUCCUCGCAGGGAUUGAAUGCUGCCCAACGGCGUGCGUUCUUCCUUGCCAGUGGAUCUGGACGAGUGCGGACGGAUAACAGAACUACCACUACUGCGUCUACUGCUCACCCGUCCACGUCCACGCACAUGGCCAUGCCAACCCCAACGGCCAUUCCCACGCCAGCUCCAGUUCCUGCCGCUCCCGCUGCCGUUAAGACUACACCUAAUGCUACCCCCACCGCUCCACAAACCGCCGCUCCACAAACCGCCGCUCCAGUGAUCGCCGAAAGUUCGGGAGCGCGGAUCAAAGAAAUCGGACGGAAGUAUCCGCUUUGGCUGCCCGAGUACAAGCGGAGGGCCUUUAAUGCCUCCAUGGACGAGAAGUACGUGGAGACCAUUUGGGCCAGUUUGAAGAAUGCUAUCCAGGAGAUACAGAAGAAGAACAACUCUGGGCUGUCGUUUGAGCAGCUCUACCGGAACGCAUACAAUAUGGUGCUGCACAAGCACGGCAACAGGCUGUACUACGGCCUGCGUGAGGUCGUCUCUGAGCACCUGGAGCACAAGGUGCGGGCGGACGUGUUGGAGGCGCUGCACAGCAACUUUCUGCCCAAACUAAACCAGGCCUGGACGGACCACCAGACUUCCAUGGUGAUGAUACGCGACAUACUCAUGUACAUGGACAGGGUCUAUGUGCAGCAGCGUGAGGUGGACAACGUAUACAAUCUGGGAUUGAUUUUGUUCAGGGAUCAGGUGGUCCGCUACUCGGAAAUCCAAAAGGCACUGCGGGAAAAGUUGCUGGGCAUGGUGAUGGAAGAGCGACACGGCGAGGCCAUAAACCAUUUGGCCAUAAAGAAUGCGUGCAGCAUGCUGAUCACACUGGGUAUCAACUCGCGCACUGUCUACGAGGAGGACUUCGAGAAGCCAUUCCUUGCCCAAUCUGCGGCGUUUUAUAAAUUCGAGUCGCAGAACUUUCUUGCCGAGAACAACGCUGGCGUUUACAUCAAGAAAGUGGAGGCGCGCAUCACGGAGGAAUCCUCCCGGGCAGCGCUCUAUCUGGACAAGGACACGGAGCCGCGCAUUGUGCGCGUGGUCGAGGAGGAGCUGAUCAAGAAGCACAUGCGCCCCAUUGUCGAAAUGGAAAACUCGGGCGUGGUAUACAUGAUCAAGAACUCAAAGACCGAGGACCUGGCCUGCACAUACAAGCUCUUCUCGCGCCUGAAGGAGGAGGGCCUCAAGGUGAUAGCGGACACCAUGUCGGCAUAUCUGCGCGAGCAGGGACGCAUGUUGGUCAAGGAGGAGGAAAACGGCAACACGAAUCCCAUCACAUUCGUUCAGAACUUGCUGGAUCUCAAGGAUCGCUUCGACCAGUUUCUGGUGCACUCGUUCGCGAACGAUCGCAUCUUCAAGAACGUCAUCUCGUCCGAUUUUGAGCACUUCUUGAAUCUAAACAACAAAUCGCCGGAGUAUCUUUCGCUAUUCAUCGAUGACAAGCUCAAGAAGGGCGGCAAGGGAAUGAGCGAGCAGGAAAUCGAGUCCAUCUUGGAUAAGACAAUGGUGCUCUUCCGUUUUCUAUUGGAGAAAGAUGUCUUUGAGCGCUAUUACAAGACGCAUUUAGCCAAGAGAUUGCUGCUAAACAAAUCAGUCUCUGAUGAUUUCGAGAAGAACAUGAUAUCCAAACUAAAGACUGAAUGCGGCUGUCAAUUCACCUCGAAGCUCGAGGGCAUGUUUAAAGACAUGUCAGUCUCCAAUACGAUCAUGGAUGAGUUUAAGAACUAUGUAAAUAAUAACAAUUUAUCCCUGGGCGGUGUGGAAUUAACGGUACGCAUACUAACCACUGGCUUCUGGCCCACACAGACAGCAACUCCCAACUGCAAUAUACCCGCCGCACCUCGCGAAGCCUUCGACAUUUUCAAGAACUUCUAUCUAAACAAGCACUCAGGACGUCAGCUGACGUUACAGCCACAAAUGGGAACCGCCUAUAUCAAUGCUGUGUUUUAUGGCCGCAAAGCAGCCGAAAGUGAAAAGGACAAGGAUGCACCCAGCUCCAGUUCAAACGGAUGCGCAGUGCCCACCACCACGCGCAAGCACAUUCUGCAAGUGUCCACUUACCAGAUGUGCGUGCUGCUUCUAUUCAACAACCGCGACGUGCUCACCUAUGAUGACAUUCACCAGGAGACGGACAUACCGGAACGGGAGCUUGUCCGAGCUCUGCAAUCGCUGUCCAUGGGCAAACCCGCUCAGCGCUUGCUGGUGCGGAAUUCCAAGACGAAAACCAAGGAAAUUGAGCCCUCGGAUGAGUUUUAUGUGAACGACGCCUUUGUCUCCAAGUUCCACAGGGUGAAGAUCCAGACGGUGGCCGCCAAGGGCGAAUCGGAGCCGGAGCGCAAGGAGACGCGCGGCAAGGUCGACGAAGAUCGCAAGCACGAGAUCGAGGCGGCCAUUGUGCGCAUCAUGAAGGCGCGCAAGCGCAUGGCUCACAACUUGCUAGUGUCGGACGUGACGUCGCAGCUGAAGUCGCGCUUCUUGCCCUCGCCCGUGUUUAUCAAGAAGCGCAUUGAGGGCCUCAUCGAGCGCGAGUAUCUGCAACGAUCGCCCGAGGAUCGCAAGGUCUAUAACUACUUGGCCUAAGCGACCCAGGCGGAGCAGCAAGAGCAACAAGCAACUUGUGCAGGAUCCGGAUCACACUCAUCUUCAAAUCGCCAGGGCUAGUACACUGAAAAAGAAAUCCGCAGCUCCGACGGCAGGCGCGCUGAGCUAAGCACACGAGGAGCAUUCAUAUUUUUGACCACGAUUAUAGAUGACCGCCAGCCAAUAGCCCGAAAGCAUAAAUAUAUCAAUUAGUGCGCCCCGAAUUGUGAAAUUUCGUUUCGCAACCCCUUUUGUAAGCCUGACAUUCAAAAUUGAUCAGUUAAAAAUGCUAUUGCAUAAGGCACACACCACCACCAUACUUAUUAUCCCUCUAAUAUAUUACUUGAUAUUCUCUAACUACUGUUUACGGUCAUUUCUUUGCGCAUAACAAGUGUAUAGCAGUAAGCCCAAACCCAAGCCACACACACCCGCACCUCCCAUUCAGAGCCACACCCACACCACAUCCACCCACAAGAUUCGUACGUAAAGCCAGAUAAGAGAAAUAAUGCAUAAUGCAAGCCCUAAUUGUAAGCAGCUGAGUAAAGGUAAAGAGAAGCAACAACAGAAAUCUAAGCAAAAGGAAUAUUAAUAACUAUAAAUAUAGCUAAAGUAAUAAAUUUAUAAAUGAAUUAUUAAUUUUAGUGAGCGUUUGAUGUACAUUUAUACGUCUGACCCGAAUCCAGAUCCUAAUCCCUCUGCUAAAAACAUUCAAGCCACGUUUUGAGAUUCAUGUGAACAGAACUUAAAGAUCGCAAUGAUUAUUCCUAUCUUUACUUUUGUGUGCGCCCAAAGCAAGUGUUUAACGUGAAGUGAUUAUGAUUACGAUAAUCUGUAUGAAAGUUGUUUUAUCUAUUAGUUGAUAUGUGGAAUCGAUUCCAAGUAUAUAGGCAACAGUUCUGUAAUGGAUUUGAGUUAAGUAGGACACAAAGAAUUCAUUUUGAAUAACACACGAAAAACAAUUUAACGCCGAACAAACAAAACGCAUGAAAAUCGGAAGCAAACGCGAUCUGAAAAUUGUAAAUACAUUUUUGUUCUUACGUAUGAAAAAUCGAUAUAAAUAAAACGUAUAAUGAGCGUUAACAUUUAA